AUGCGCCUGGUAUAUUUUGUUUCCGAAAUGGCUCUUGCUUUCGUGCUUUCCGCGAUUUUCAUUGCAGUUGUUUCUCUUUUGAGUUUGAUAUUCACGGCAUUUUCCAUUUACCUGGUUUACAUUCACUGGAGGUUCAGCCACAUCCCAGGACCAAAGAGGGACAGUUUUUUCCUUGGUAACGUACCGCUUAUUCGCCGAGAGCGAGAAAAGGGAAAAAUCAUGAGUGAAUUGAUGCAAGAAUUGCACAGUAUUUACGGUCCAGUAGUUUUGAUGUGGGGCUUUCACCGGCCUUUCCUUUUCGUUUCUGAUCGAGAACUCGCUAAAAAGUGUCUUCUAACGCUAAAUUUGCCCAAAAAUCCUAGGGUUUAUGGGCAUCUUGGCUAUCCAUUCGGUCACAGACUUUUGGGCCGCGGUUUGGUAACGGAGACCGAUCAUGGCGUUUGGCAAAAGCAAAGAGCGCUGUUAAAUCCGGCGUUCCACCGCCGUUAUUUAAUGAACUUGAUGUCCGCGUUUAACAACAGCUGUGACUUGUUUCUGGCCAAGCUGGAUGAGAUGGCAGAUGGAGAAACUGUUGUAAAUAUGGCAGAAGAAUUUGCCAGGGUCACUCUGGAUGUUAUUGGAAAGGUAUUCAGUUCAACCUCACAUACUCAAGAAUAUACACUGUAAAAAGGCUGGGUGUGUGCGGGAACUGUCACGAAUCUUCAGUUUGUUUUGAAUACCCCCAAAAAUCCCUACUUAGAUCAAGCUACCCAAAAAGAUACUUGCCAAAAUUUUCCUACCCAAAAAAAACCAAAGUUGAAAUUUCAAACCCCCAAAAACCCUUCGAUCAUCCCUUUCACUUGAAAUCUGGAGUACCCCCCCCCCCACCUCAUGUAAAUGCAUAGCCCCAUAGCCAUGUAGCCACAUAGCAUCCUAGCCAUGUAUAUGCCUUGUUCUUUGAGCCCUCAGUGAAGAUACAUAGCCACUUAGUUAUGUAUCCACCUAGUGGCAUAGCUAGCUGUAUAGCCUCAUAGUCAUUCAUUUAUGUCUCGUUCUUUAAUUUAUAAGGUCAAUGUAGCUCUUUAAGCCACAUAGCAGUGUAGCCACAUAUAUGUUUUGUUCUUCAAUAAGGCCAAUGCAGCUCUUAAAGCCACAUAGCAGCAGUGUAGCCAUGUAGCCAGUCCAGCUUUUGGAAUGGCCAGGUAUUCUGUAGCCUGCCUUGCAGCUGGCCCAUGCAUCAUCCAAUCCAUUUGUAUGGAUUUUCUGUGAAUUAGUAAACAAAAGCUUGUUCUGAUAUUCAGCAAAGUCGCAAGGAUUUCAUUAGCAUUUCUGACAGGCAGGUUUCUUAUGGCAAGGAGCGUUUAUGGUAAACAAUGAAAGAACAGUUCAAACUAGAAAGUCUUCUUCAGAACAACAACAACAAAAUGCUUUGAGAGAAUUCCUUCAAGGCCAAAAUGUGUUUGUAAAUUUGCCGACUGGUUCAAUCAUUGCAAAUUAAUGCACUGCUUUGCAUUCUGCAAUCUGGCCGACAGUUUUAGCGUUAAAACAAAUCAGGAAAUCAUGAUGUUCCCAGACAAAAAAACUAUACACACGUAGCCAUUCAGAUUCAGGCAUUUUGGAGAAAACCAAAGGUACUAACCAGAUUCAUAACCUCUAAAUGUGAGACUCGAAAUUGCAAAAACAAGGCUUGUUCAGUCAAAGUUUAGAAUACUUUAUGCACUGUAUAAUCUGUGCUCUAAGAGAGAAAGCAAGAAUAACCUCUGUUGUUCAAGCUGACUCUAAGGCCAUGUUUCACACUAUCAUGAGCUCAUUCUCUCUUGCCUUUAGGUAUGAGUCAGGUUAGGCCUGUCAACACUUUAUUUGAAAUUGGUCUAACCACAAACUGUGUAAGAAAAACGUUUAUCAAAAACACCAACAUACGUCGUUUCAACUCUGCGAGAUUUGAACAUGAUACUGUUCACUAAUUUGCAGAUACUCUAUACAGAAGGGUUUAGAGUACAUGUGAUGCACGCUAGUAUUCUGCAUUUGUAAGUAUGUCAGUAGCUCCACACAAUCCACGUAGCCACAUAGCUGCAUUAAGUCACAUAUAUGUCUUGUUCUUUAAUAAGCCUAAUGCAGCUCUUAAAGCCAUAAGUAGUGGUGCCACAUUAGCCAGUCCAGCUUUUGAGUGGCCAGGUUUUCUGCAGUUACUUUAAAGUGGUAUUAAUGAUCCUUUUACAGGUUGCUUUUGACAUUGAUGUUGACGUUAUAAGAGACGCUAACAGUCCAUUUCCAUCAGCAGUUUCCAAAGGUCUAAAGGGGGUCCAGGAAAGCAUACGUACCCCAUUCUCCCAGCUGUUGGGGUUGGUAUUUCCAUCCCAGUCAGGUUUGGCUGAAGCAAUAAAAUUCAUUCGUGAGUUUGCAGGAAAGGUCCUCAAGGAAAGACAGGAAGCUGUUUUGAGAGAAGACGAAACUCCCAAUGAUAUACUUGCUCACAUCUUAAAAGUAGCAGAAUCAGAGUCCAGCUUAAGUUUUGAAGAUCUGAUUGAUCAGUUUGUGACAUUUUUUGUUGCAGGUAAGACAUUUCACUGUGGAGUUGAACAAACGGGUGGUACCUAGAAAAUUGUUUACAUGUAUCACAGAAAGUUUGAUCCUGUCUUAAAAACUUUUGAGGCAUCUUUGAGGAGAAGAUGAAGUCCUGUUUUUGUAUGUCUCCUUUCAUUUUGCAGUCUUCUACUUUUUUCUUUGUUCGUUACCCUUAUUUUUGUCCUUUUAUAGGUCAGGAGACCACUUCAAACCAGUUAUCUUUCACUCUUUUUGAAAUACUGAAGCAUCCCAAUGUUGAAAACAGGUAUUUGUACACACUAGUGUAGGUAAGAUUAGUAGAUAGACUGGAUGACAAUGACCUGAAUGUUCUACUAAACAUUUCCAAUUACAUUAUAAAACUGUUUGACAAACACAUUGAUAUUAUAGCUGGUUAGUUUUUUUAAUUUCUUGCAAAAAAAUUGUAGCUGUCUUUUGUUUGCUCCUGUCCUUAGAAGUUUGUAUGUAUCUUACCCUAAGAAACAAUAAUAAUGUUUCUGAGGGUAAGAUACCUAUAAACUUCUAAGGAUGGGAGCACCACUGAUGUUGAUUGUUUUGCAUAGAAUUAUUCAAGAAAUUGAAACUGUGCUUGGCUCCCGCCAGUUUGUGGAACACAAAGAUCUUGGAAACCUUCAGUAUCUGGGACAGACACUCAAGGAAGGCCUCCGCUUUCACCCACCCGUCGGGGGAACGACAAGAAUAACUACAAAGGAAGAAAACCUUGGAGGAUUAACCAUACCUGCAGGAACCUCAAUCAAUAUUAGUUGGUUCAUACUGCAGCGUCUUUCAGACGCAUGGUCAGAACCAGAGAAGUUUGAUCCUGACAGGUUCUCCCCUGACAAGCAAAUUCCACAGUCUGUUUACUAUCCAUUUUCUGUUGGACCAAGGACCUGCAUUGGACAAACGUUUGCUCAGUUUGAGGCGCGAGUGCUUAUGGCUCGAUUGCUGCAGGAGUUUGAGUUGACACUGUUACCAGGGCAACAUAAAAUGAUACAUGAAGAAAGGCUGACGCUUAGACCCAAGGGUGGUGUCCUGUGCACCAUCAAGAGAAGAGGGCUCAAACAGGAAUAG